UGGCAGUCUGGACACAGAGGGUCGCAGCACGCUGAGAGGCACAAGCUGGUGUGAUUGAUCAGAGAUAGCACUUAGACUGAGGAACAGAAGGAAGGCAGGGUGCUUUUUACACCGCACAGGUCAGCUGCAGAGUCUCAGCUCCAGAGAGCUUAUGUAUGAUGCGUUUGGCUGACAAGCAGACAUCAUCUGAGGAAGAAAUGAGCUUGGGGGCAGCGUGCAUUUUCUUGCGGGGAGGGAAAAACAUUACAAGAGAACUGGCUGAUGAUGAGAUUGAUGAGCUGCGCGAUGCAUUCAAUGAGUUUGAUAAAGACAAGGACGGGCUGAUCAGCUGUAAGGAUCUGGGCAACCUGAUGAGGACAAUGGGUUAUAUGCCCACUGAGAUGGAGCUGAUUGAGCUGAGCCAAAAUAUCAACAUGAACCUCGGUGGCAGAGUCGACUUUGACGACUUUGUGGAUUUAAUGGCCCCCAAACUCCUGGCCGAGACGUCUGGAAUGAUCGGUAUGAAGGAGCUGAAAGAUGCCUUUAAAGAGUUUGACAUGGACGGAGAUGGAGAGAUCACAACGGAGGAACUGCGAUCAGCCAUGAUGAAGCUGAUGGGAGAGCACAUGAGCCGGAGAGAAAUCGAUGCUAUAGUGAAAGAGGCUGAUGACAACGGGGAUGGCACAGUAGAUUUUGAAGAAUUUGUCAGAAUGAUGUCCCAUCAAUGACAGCUGAGGACAAUGCCAGUCAGAAACAUUUAUUGGCACCUCUACAGACAUGCACUAACAUCAACGCUAUUCUUUUCUGAACUUGAAAAUGCAACAAAAACACACACACAAAAAAUGGGAAAAUUAGCUCAAAACAAGCAAUAUCAGGCUGAUCUCAGAGUGGAUUUUAUAGCUAUGCAAAAAAUGACAAUUUGUAAUGAUUUUUUAAUGUAAGAGUGCUAAAAAAGAGAGCUUUGUUGUUUUGUUUGAUAAUGUAUACUAUAUACACUGGAAGCCUAUUUUGAAUUGACUUAUUGACUUGGAGUUGUUUGUAUAUUUUUAUUGGUUUUGAAUUGCAUCAUUCUCAUUUAAACAAAGUUACAAUACAAAGUAGGAUAUAAAGUUAAGCUACUGCUAUACUUAUACUGAAUUAACCUGAGCUCGUUGUAUUAAGUAAUCUGUAACUAACUUCCAACAAGUGAAGUGGUACUGGGGGUCUGCCUUCUUUGGCAAAGCACAAAAUAAAACAUCUGUCUGUACAUCUGUAAAGGA